GAUCCAUUGGCGUCAUCUUUAUGAUCUCGAGUCAGGAGUGUAUGGCGAUUGGUUGUUGACUAUCUCGACAGCUCAUCUAUGCAUUUACCCCUCUUCAUAUCAGUAUCAUAAAUGCCCCCAUCUCUUAACUGCGAGAAUACAGGUGGCUGAUCGUAAUUCGACCCCCCUCCCCAUAUCCUGGUUUGUGAAAUGGCUGGGAAAAAGAAGAAAGGAAAGAAGAACAGCAAUUCUAUUCCAAUUGGUACUUCUCCCAAGCCCGAGGAGAUUCAGUUUGCAGAAAUGGCCGAUCCUCCUAUUGAAGAGUACUCUCAACCAACGACUUCUCCCUACCAAAGCCAGACCAUCUUCCUUCUUAUCGGACAAAACCAGCGACGUUUCACGAUACCAGAAUGCUAUUUGAAGCCGUACCAUUUGCUAUUACCAGCAACGAACUUUUUUCCUCCCACAACUCUUUAUCUGCGAGAAGUAGAUGAAGACAUUGGCCAUACUCUUGUUCACUAUCUGUGUACCGGAAACUAUGAAACACUCCAUCGCGAGCCCACACCCGAGACACCUCGACGUCUGACCGAGUUUCGCCGUAGUGUGCUGGUGUACACCGUCGCAAAUACAUUCGAGAUCCAUGGCCUCAAAGGUCUCGCUGAAACCUACAUCAAGAAAUUUGACAAAGGUGUUCCUAUUGUAGAUAUCCUGGCUACAGCAAGAGGGGUUUUUCCAAAGCUCCAAAGCGAUGUCCGGUUUAUCGACUAUUUGAAAGACAAAUUGGCUGCAGCUUAUCAGAAGGACACGCAGUUCUUUAUGGCCGAUGGCUUUAUCGAUUUGCUGGGUGGGGAAACGUCUUUCGAUAGGUUCCUUACACGGAGCAGCCAUAUGAUAUGCGCUGCUAGGACGGAAGCUCUAGAAAAGGAACUUUACCCCAUCAAGGAAGACAAAUUCGAUGAGCAAGCAGACGUAAAGUGGGUGGAAAUCCGUGAUGUUGCCUAUGAUAAAGCUAUUCCAGCUGAAGAGCGUGACAAAUUUGAUGACGAGGCUAUCACGAAGCAAGAUGAACAUUCCGAUUAUGAGCUCGAGAAAAAGGAACUUGAAUACCUUGACGACGAACGUGAUAAGGAACCUAGGGAACCUUUUGAAGAGUUUUGAAAAGGGUUUCUUUGAUAUCGUUAUUCCAAUGCAUAUUUCCGUAUUAUCAAGUCGCUACUAGGAGAUGUAACUAAUUGUAACCCCGGUAAAAUAUUACUAGCUACAUCGAGGGCCUAAAGUAUGACAAAUGCAGAUGCAAAAUGACUGCGGCAGCAAGAUUUUAAUAUAAUGAGUAGGCAACAGUCUCGUUCAGCUGUCUUGUUCGUGGC